UGCAGUCGGUGAGGUCGGUGGUCAUCGCGAGGUCAACAAGAUGUUUUCGGUGUUUUCGCAGCAUCUACCUUUGACAAGAUGAGAUCACUUCACCUCUUCAACAGCGCAUCAUCGUCAACUUCGCACUUUCUCAUCCUAAUCGCAUCUCUGAAGCCAUUUUAGAUAAGUAGACGCGUUCUUUGCUAGUGGGAGGCAUUCGCGCGCUACUUUUAACAGCACGUUUAUCAUCUCCGCCCUUGUCCCUUUUCUAGUGUGUAGCUCUCACAAUCGUUGUCCUCUCGGGAAGCGUAAACUCUUGCGUCUUUCGAUCUGAGCAGCAGCACUGCAGAUGUCCUCAUAAAGAAGGAGCCGUUACUUCUUGAAAGGAGCCCCUUCUUUACCAGCGCAUCUUGCAGUGUCUGUUUUCGUCGGCGUCUCUCCUACGAUGGAUGACGACGGUAAUAACUGUCCCGCCUCUCGGCGUCCCGAUUCUACGGUGGCUACCGGCUCCGAAGAAGCGUCAGCCUCACCCCUGUCCAUGCAAAUGUCCAAUCGGACGAUAGUCGAAGGGUUGGACUUUGGGCAUGGCGACGGUGCGAGCGCUGAGUCGAGAACGUCGACAACGGUGGCGGCAAAACGUGUCGCCGACGAAUCUGCCGGCUGUGGCCAAACAUCUCCGCCAACCAAGCAGGCGCGCUGCGACAGCAGCGGCCUGUUUUCAUCUCCCGACAACGCCGCGCACGCUUGCGGCAGUGACCUGGCACCGACGUUGUCGCUGGGCGAUGAGUUCUUCCAGAACGACCAGAUGGUCGACGGCUUCGGCGAGGACGAUCGCAGCGGUUACGCACGCGACGCGGCGGCGACCGGCGUGCAGCAGGGAAACGAUCGCCCGGGGUUGAGCUUCGACAUUCUCGACGAAGUGGGCCCGGGUCAGGGCGACGAGGAGGACAUGGACGAUGAAGACAGCGCCAACAACGGAUGCAACCCGGGCGGAGAGGAGGUGAGCGACAGCGACAUCUCGGACGACGAGAUCGAAGCCAUGCUCGAGGCCGGCAUGCACUCGCCCAGCAGGCAGGAGGUCGAAGAGGACGAGGACGUCGUGCACGAGGUCAAGGAGAAGGUGAUCCUCAAAGUGCGGGGACAUGACCACUUUGACGUGCUGCCGGAAGGUUGGAUCCAAGUCACGCACAACAGCGGGAUGCCCGUCUACCUCCAUAAGCAGUCCAGAGUGUGCACACUGUCCAAGCCAUACUUUCUCGGGCCUGGCAGCAUUCGGAAACACGAAGUGCCCAUCUCUGCCAUUCCCUGCCUGCACUACAAGAAGGAGAAGGAGAAGGAAGAGCAGUGUCCGGUCACAAAUGGGGUGUCGGAUGCGUGUGAAGGUGUGCCAGAGAAAGUGGCUGAGCUGGCCGGACGAAUCCCUACUGCAAAGGUGGAGAGUGUAAAAGAGAGCCAAAAGGAACGGUCAUUAGAUGCCCUGGCAUUUCGACAGUACUGUGAGGGGGUGUUUGACUUUCAAAUCAUUCAGCUGCGGAAGUUCAAGACGUGGGCAGGUCGCCGUAAACACAAGAAGAAGCUGAAGCAGAUGCAGCGACCCAUGCUUCCGGAGAGUACAAAGCUGAUCAUGUGCUCACUGCCGCCAACUACGGAUACAAGCCAGAUCACCAGCGGGCACUCCAAGAGAGAAUUCAUCAUGAACCCAAGUGGAAAGUCGAACGUGUGCAUUCUUCACGAAUAUGUGCAACACGCCAUGAGGACGCAGCCCCAGUACACAUUCAAGGAACUCGAAAGCUCAAGCAUGCCGUACGGGGCCACUGUGGUCAUCAAUGGCAUCGAGUAUGGCUCUGGCUUUGGAAGCAGUAAAAAGCAAGCCAAGUCGGAAGCAGCCAAAGCAACACUGGAAAUCCUCAUUCCGCAAAUGAAGGACACAAACAUGAAGAGUGAGAAGAGCGAGGACUUCUUCCAGGACGUUGCCUUCUUUGAUGAAAUCAAAGUGGAAGAUCCCCGUGUAAAUGACCUUUGUGCGAAGACUGGGCAACUUUCUCCUUACCAGAUUCUUCUGGAGUGCCUCAAAAGGAACUAUGGCAUGGGUGACACAGAAAUCAAGCAGGAGAUGAAAAACAUGAAGCAUCAGCGAAAUGAGUUCAUCAUGUCAGUCGGCAAACACACAGCUAGCGUAAUUUGUAGAAACAAGAAAGAUGGGAAACAAAGGGCAUCACAAGCAAUUCUUCAGGGCUUGCAUCCUCACAUCUCUUCAUGGGGGUCACUACUCAGGCUUUAUGGGAAGGGCUCCUGCAAGACGCUCAAGGAGAAGAAGGAGGAAGAGCAGCGCAUCACAGAAUUGCAGAGCAAAGCCAGUGCCAACAGGCCCAACCUGUGCAUCCUCAACAAGCUCAAGGAAGAGAUGGCGAAGCUCAAGGAGCGGCGGGAGGCAGUGAAGCCCAUUGGCAAGUUCAUUCCUCAGGAGGCGGAGUUCCCGUCAACGUCAGCAGCAGACCUGAAAGUCGUCGAGUUGUGACUCUGCUGCAGCGGUUGUAGUCAAACAUAUUCUGGUCACGGGGAUUUCACCGCCAAGUUCCAGCGCUCGUUCUGCCCCCCCAUCAGUGGCUUUCCGCCUCAUCGACCACACACACAUAUGUUGAAGCGUUGCAUUCACUUAUCCCGUUUUUCUUUUUGCAACGAAUGCCCCGUGCUUUUAUAUAUUGCAAGGAAGGAGCUGCCAGCACAGAGCCACCUAGUUAGGAAACGCAGUCAGAAGUUGUUUUAAGAGAAAUGAAUGAGGGCCGAAAAGCAGUACUUUGAAAGAGGGCCUACAGGGCUGCCACUUGUUAGUGAUUUCCGUCAGCGGUGUCCAGUGCCAUUUUUCGUAUCCUUCUCUCUUUUUCUGUUCCUUAGUAAGCACUUCACCGGACAUCAUUCUAUCCUGUGGCAUGACUCCCUUUUUGUGGAACUCCUUCCACACAGUGUGGAGAACUAGUGAUAGUUUGCGGCUUUGAAUUUCCAUUAAUGCCCAGUCGGGACUGUUAGUGACAGACCCGCUUAGUGGCUUUGGUGUUGGGCUGCUGAGCACGAGGUCCCGGAUUGGAUCCCGGCCACGGCGGCCGCAUUUCGAUGGGGGUGAAAUGCAAGAACACCCGUGGGUACUUAGAUAUAAGUGUACAUGACAGAACCCCAGGUGGUCGAAAUUCCAAAGUCCCCCAAUACGGCGUGCCCCAUAAUAGGAAAGUGGUUUUGGCACAUAACCCCCCCCCCCCCCCCCUUUUUUCUUGUUUUUUUUUUUAGAUUGACAGCGUAGACUGCUUCAGUAAGCAGCAGUGUCCUGUAGUUAAAAGGUUAGCCGAAACCGUGUGAAGCCUCGCUCAAUGCUACGAACAUGUCGCUAGGCAUGUUUCGUACCUUAGAAAAUGACUACUGUGUGCAAUAGAUGUAAGGCAUUCCACAAUGAAAAGGAGAUUCGACAGCACAACACCGAACACAAAGAACCACAAGGACAUGAUGCUGCAUCCUUACUUUUUUUUUUUUCCUGUGUCCCGUGUCGUGCUGUUAAUCUGCCUUUUACCAAGAUGUACAAAGCAGCCCAAAUAAGCGUGCCGUUGAGGUGCUUCAUGUCUGCAUCCCUUUAUGAAUGCUUGUGCCUCAAUAAGUUUCUUUUUUUCUACUGAAGAUCAGCGAUAAACCCCUGUCACACCAGCUCUUUUGAUGUCAUUUGAAGCAAUGGAGAAUGCGCAGUGUCAAAAGGAUGCAUUGAGGAACGUCUAGUUCAAAGGAACCUUGAGUUGAGGGAGCUGCCAUUUGGGUUUUGAAGCACACUUGCACUGUUUUCUCCUGAAGAACAUUUGUUUAUGCGAGGCAGCAGUUCAUGUUAAGAGCACUCUGGUUUGAAGACCAGGAGGCAUAUGCCACAACUUCCUCGAGCUAGCUUAUGCUCCUUUAACCCUUUCGUUCCGCAGGAAACAACGAAAAUUGUAGCAAAUUUGCUGAAAUUUCUGAGAUGCGCUGCAGGCAGCCAUGGUAUUAAUGCAAGAAUUCGAGCAGCCAGUAAUAAUAUUCAGACAAUGCCAGUAACAUUGAUCAAGCAUUGCCAUCUAGUGUCGGAAACUGCAGCUAGAAACUAGUUGACUGAUAUAUCAUUAUUUGUUCAGACUGUGAGGCUUCCUUUUUUUUCUUUUUUUCUUUUUUUUUUGUGACAAUUAUAAAAAUUGUGGGCUUUAUCGGUGCAAAUAGUAGGAAAAUGGUUAAAAGUGUCACUCUUCCUUGCUUCCAAGGAGCUUCAGGAUUUGUGACAGGGGUUUAAGUAGUAGCAGUUCUUUUUUUUUUUUUUUUUUUUCAAUAUGUGCUCUGCUGCUCCAUCAGCUUUUAACAAUCAAAGAAUUGCAUACUGAUUUUACACAACCUGCCAAUAGGAGCAGGCACAGAGUAUCAAGCUUGCCUGUUGUGUGGAAGUGAAGCUCAUUUUCUGUGCUAGCCAGUCCAAAUGACCUAGAUGCUGUUCUGGCAUCUGUCUCAACCUGUGCAUAGAAAACAAUUCUUCCACUUGUAAAGGCUUCCACGUCGUGUACCGUAGCUAGGAUGUCGAGGAGAGUGUCCUGUCCUCCUUUUGAAUGGUUUACUGCGUUGGUUGAAGUGGUAACAGUGCUGCGAGUCUGCUACAGUCGAGAGCACAAAUCAUUAUAUUAGACAGUUUUAGCAUUGUUGAAAUGGAAGUACUCUCCUAGACGCCAGGGGUCGUAGGCACGAGGGAACAGCACCAGCGGGGACAUCUCGGGGCGCUGUGUUUAAUCGACCAAAAUCCACAGAAAUUUUAUGUAAAUGACCAAAAGUAUUCCAAUCAUUGAUGGAGUAAAUGUAUUGGCAGCAACAUGAUCACCAGAACAGGACUUUCAAUGAGAUAACUUGUGUAACACAAGAACAUUUCUAACGCUUUGUGGUUGACUGCGCAUUGCAAAACAUCGCUACCAGGUUGGCUGUUGUUGGGCAUUACCUCUGUUACUCUGACGCAGGUGUAUGCAAGUAACCUGUCGGCUAUGCUGAAUCUCUCAAUUAACCCUUGCACGGCAGUAUGGUCAAAUGUGAAAGGGAACAUGCUGUUGGUAUUCUGCCAUCAAUUAUCACUGAGGGGCAGCACAAAGGCUCUUGGACAAAUUUUUGAUGUAGAAAUAUACAUACAAUAGCACCAGCAAAAAAAAAAUCUAGUUAUAUUGGCUUUAUUGCUAGUUAGGUGUUUCUUUUAGCAGUGGAUUGUACUAGCAUACCUAUAAAGUGUGCAUCAUAUAUCUGGUCCCUUUAUUCCGGUUAGCAGUAAAAAGAUUUAGAAUGCAGCACCCAUAACUCGCCAGCAAAAAUUAUUCAAGGAACAGAACAGAAGUUUUCUAGUGAUACUUUAGCAACCCUGAUUGUAGGGUACCCAGGGUAACAUGAAAUCGACAUAAAAUGUAUAAAGUGGCUGCGUGCAUCAUGACAUCUGCUCUGAUCUGCUGCUGAGGAUUUUUCAAAAUUUUUUUUUUGCUCUGGUAGAUAUGGAUUUGGGAGGCUUAUCCAAAACAGCUAGUGCAAUUUGCAGGGAGAAAGCCCUGAAAGGUGAUGAAAUGUUACCGCACCUCUCGUCAUUUAAAACGCCACAUCCUUUGGGAGGAAGACCCAAGAGGCUCACAUUAUUUCUACUGAUUGUUUAACACUUGAAGGUACCAAUCCCCCCCUGGAAAGUACAUGUUCCCUAUUGACCUUGGGGCAGUCCAUGAUGUGACCUUUUUGGUUUGGGCCAAGUGUAAAGCCAAAAACCUCGAAGUUCAUUUUGCAUUGAUUGGGUUCUCCCCACCAUACUACCCAAAGUAACUUGUCUCCUGUUCAAAAACUCAUUCCUUGUUUCUGUCAUUCAGUGUGAGAGUCUUCGUUGCAAUUAAUACCAAUUUUUACCUAAUAGUUUGCAGUUGUUUUGCAUGUACUACUUAAGUGCCAGCAUUCCAUUAUGGACUCUCACUGCAUGAGGAGACAUGCUUGUUCGGGUCCUCUGGGAGCAUUCUUGUUCCUAUGUCACUCGCUGGUAGAGCUUCAAGAGUAUCGGGAAAUGAUCAAUAAUCAGGUGUCACAGACCCUGUCACAGUUGCUUGCUUUUUAACUUGUCACAAGAUGGCGAUAUUGAUGCGUGUGUGCCUCUGUCAUGUUAUGUUGUGGUGCCUUGUUUAGCCUGCUAUCUUUUACACAGUUAACAUUUUUCUAGUUCUCUGUUUGUUACCUUCACGUAUUGUUUAAUGUGGAAACAGUGCAAGUGACCUUUUUUAAUUUUCAUCUUGGAUAUCGCGAAACGUUCUACAUGGGUUGAUGCGGCAUGGAGCUUGAAAGAGUCCUUCACACAAAGCAUAAGGGGUCAGUUACCCUGUACAGGCUGUAUCGCCCUUCAAUUUCUCAACCACAUUAAAUUUUCUAUUUGAUGACAAAAUAACAGCUACUUAGUGAGCUCUUACAUUGUCAUUGAGUUAGCCACACAUUUACUGGUGCGACGUGGAGUGGCUGAUGGUUGUGGAAACGCCGUACGAACCUUUUGCUGUUUGUACGCACAGUACUUUCGCCAUUCUAAUGGAAGUCUGUACCGUUUUUAUUAGGCUGUUUCGUUUUUAAGUACUGCAAGCCUUCUACAACUACGUUGGGGAUAUGGACGGUUAUGUCAUACGCCAAGAUGGAAGCAGUGGCAAUAGAAGCAACAAAACAAAACAACUUAGGAAAUGCGGCAGUUGCCUUACCCCUAGUCAGUGGACAUAUGAUGAUGAUGAUAUGACUUGAGAGCUGCAAUUCAUGAAAGUGUAGGACUGUGCGAUUUCGCAAUUAGAUCAGCUAAACACAGGAGCCAUACCUUUGAUAGCUUUUUAAUCACACGUUGAUGCAUUUGAAGCAAGAAAAGAUAAUUUAAUGGGGUCAGAAAAUUGCGAAAAUUCCACUAUAUUAACGAAGAUGAGGAAUAAUUACACGUCUGAUAAACAGCCUAAUUAGCAACAAUGGCCACGUGUGUGCAUGUGCGUUAUUUUUUUUUUUAAUUUAUGAUAUCAAAAACGGCUGUUUUUGUCAGUUUUUCUUAAGGCAGCCGCUCAUAUUUCGAAUGUGUAGAUUAGAAACGAGACUCUAUAACUGCACUGUGUGAAGCAAGGCUUCUUGCACUAUCUAACAUUUUGUUGUAGUUGAUUGUAGUAAGUUUCUUUUAGCAGUCAUAAAAAAAGACUGCACACAGAGAACACGACACGCUCGAGUGUCUGUCAUGUUCUCUGUGUAGCAUGUUUUCUCAUGCUGUGAAAAAGAAUUUCGUAGUAAAUAUAUUGUAAUUGGCCUUUAAUAGCAGAAGGUAUUUCCCUGCAUGGCUUUGACUUAAGGGUAAGGUUAUCAUAGCAAGAAGGUCAUCAUGGUGGCAAUUCAUAAAGUAGUGCCAGAUAGUCAGCCUUUCAUUGUCAACAGUCACCGCUGUUAACGAUGAUGCCGUAGUUCUGCUUUGGGGGCCAUGUGUAUGCGAGCACAAACAUUCAGCAUCUCGGGACAAAGAAUCGCUUACACAGGACACUUGGCAUGUAGUUUUCAGAGCCAAUUUUAAUUUCUAUCUUUUAAAGUUUUUAGAUGACUGUUCAACCUCACUUUACAAUCUUUUGUAUACCUGGUAGUUGCUGUGUGACUUUUGUCUUGGCAAAGCAUGCAAUGUUGUUUCAAGCACCUGCAUAUUAAGAAGCUCCUGGUAAUUGAAAGUAAUUGAGUAAAUUUCACCUCAGGAGAGUGAAGUUACAGUUGCAUUUGCGCGUGUGUGUAUGUGGCCGAUUUUUGCCGCUGUAAUUCAGCACGCUUCGGGAUUCGGUGAAAAGUGGUGUUUGACGGUAUACAUGCAGCCUUUGCCCUCUGAACUCCACCUGUUCAUGUCAGCCAUUGCAUAUAUGUAUUUUUUCUUUCACUUUCUUAGUGUUUCAAAACUGUUUUGAUAAAUAUUUCAACAGAUCGCUGCAACCAUUGCCUACAGUCACAUUUUCCAGGCAACAGGAGCAAAGCCAUCGCUUUAAGUCAGCCUUGUACACAUGGAUUGUGUGAUUAUCUGUCAAAUGAACUUUUUGUAAUUGUCUUGAUCGUUGUCUGGUGGUUGGCUCUGUGUUUCUUGUUUGUGAGCCAUAAAUUUUCUAAGAAAUUGCACAAUCCACAUUUCUUUGUUCCCAUCCCUGUGUCAGGCAGCUAUAGAUCGCCCUUACAUUUUUGUGUCUAGUCUACCUUAGCAGUUAGUUGUCACGCGUUUAUGCCUUUGUGGAUUAAGCACAAUAAAGUGACAUCCAUUUGUGAAA